AAACAAAUGCCUGAAGAAUCGAUCGAACAAAGCUAUCUUCCUUUAGGAAAGCAAUUAGCUGCCAAUGAGAAAAAGACUCGUGACAAAGCCGUUCGAUCUCUUCGCAAGUUUUUGUCCACUGAUUCCAACUUGAACGAGACUGAACUGUUGAAAUUAUGGAAAGGAUUAUUUUACUGCUUUUGGAUGUCAGAUAAGCCUUUGAUUCAACAAGCACUUGCCAACGACCUCGGUUCGCUUGUGAUGGAGUUACCAGCAUCAAACGCCGUUCCCUUUUUAAAAGCAUUCUGGCAGAUUCACUGUCAAGAAUGGCAUGGAUUAGAUCGAAUUCGUCUUGAUAAAUAUUAUCUACUGCUUCGUCGUGUGAUAUACUUCUCAUUCCAGUUUUUGGCACGAGAAAACUGGGAUCAUGUUUACUUGGAUGCUUAUAGCGAUAUGCUCUUGGAAGGGCCCUUACAUCCUUCUGAUCGAACCAAGCCUGAUGCAAUUAGAUACCAUAUUAUUGAUAUUUACUAUGAAGAAUUAGAAAAAGUGCUGGAUGACGUUCGAUCGAAAUCAGAAACAGAUGAAUUGGAUGUCCCCAUGGAAGAAAUUAACAGACCUAUGGAAGUGAUAUCAAAAGAGGGUGCAACCAAGGUAUUAAGAAAUAAGGCAAAGGAAGCAAUCAAGCAACAUGAACUCGAAAUGUCUGCUAUGGCUGAAGAUGACGAUGAAAACGACGAUGAGGAUGAUGGUGAGGAUGACGAUGAAGAAUAGAUAUUUAUGUACAAAUGAUAUAAAAAGAAAUAGAGAAAUAAAACAAUGAUUUAUUUUUUUGUACAUAGAAUAUGAAAGUA